AUGACCACCAUCGCACUCCGGAUAAGGUCAGCUCCCUCGCAAGCUCUCAUCUGUGCUCUAGCCUACUGGGUGCUGACCGUCCACAACUGUGUAGAGGCCCGAACGGAGCUCAUUCGGUCUCGGUCCCUGCCGAGGCCUCACUCGAGCAUCUUAUGCAGAAAGUCACAGAGACCACCUCGAUACCGCUUCAUCAACAGGAGUGCAAGUCCUCUUAUCCUCCCACGCUUUUGGGUUGGGCUGGACCCCUGGCAGGCCUCUGGUCGGACUCGGCGCUGGAGCGAAUCGCCAACUUGAAGGGUGGUGGUGCCCCGCCUUGGGUCCGACCUUACUGACGGGACACGACACGCCAUCCCCAACCCACACCAGCACUCCGCGAUUCAUCACUAAUCCUUCCCUCUUUCAACCUACAGUACGAACAGGCUUCCCUCCCAAGCCCAUCCCAACCUCAUCCCCUUCUACGACCACGCUAUCCCAACUCGGUCUUCGAUCGGGCGAGUCCGUUCAAGUCACUGCCAACACCUCAGCUGCCGAGACAGCUUCCACGGGAUCAGCCGCUUCGACCUCCGUUGGGAAUACCUCUACACAUCUCGAUGCCAUAGCUUCGUCAUCGACUUCUCCCCUCGCGACGAACCAUCGGGUUAGCGCGACUUCGGCAUCGACUUCGACAUCCUCGGCAGGCGCUGGCAGAUACGUCCAAUUCGAUGGAGGGUAUCUGUGCCUCAGGGUCAGUACUAUAUACCUUGCGACGAUUUUCAAGCCGUAAUUGACACCCAAGCCGAGGUAUCGCGCUUUGGCCUCCCCACAGACCGUGCCCGACGAUAAUUCGUGCCUCUUCAGAGCCGUCGGGUUGCUGUUGGCGCCUGACAGAGGAGAUUUGCGGCAGCGUGAGUAGGCCUUAAUGCUCCACCGAUUGUGUACUAGACAGUGGGUAUUGAUGACAUCGUGCACCCACCGCUCCUCGCCACAUCGCAGUCGUUGCCGAUGUGAUUCGGAAUAACCCAGAGACUUGGUCCGAAGCCGUGCUGGGGUAAGCUCAGGUUUCGAGUGUUCAUUCGGAAUCGAACAUAAUCUCUCUUCACUGACACGGCCAGAUUAUGUUUAUCCUAGCCAACCGCAAGAAAGCUAUAUCAAUACGAUCCUCAAACCCAACUCGUGGGGAGGCGCGAUCGAACUGGCCAUCUUUGCCUCCUACUUCAACACCGCAAUCGCCUCGAUUGAUGUCAAGACGGGUCGAGUCGAUGAGUUUGGGGAAGGAGAGGGGUACGAGAAUGUUGCCGUGUUGGUGUAUAGCGGAAUACGUGAGUAUGCCUUUCAUUACCUCGCGGACUGGAGGAACGUCUUCUGACUAGGAUCGUUUUCCGCGGAGGACCAGACUACGACGCCGUGACUUUCUCCUACGCCGAACCCUCGUCCGCCGAUGUCUACCCCUUCCCAAACCUCGACUUUGACACCCGACUAUUCUCUCGAACGUCCGGGUACGACCAAGCUUCGGUCAUGUUGAUCGCCGCCCAGGAGCUUGUCACCACGUUGAGGAAAACCCAUCAGUUCACGGACGCGGCAACGUUUACGUGAGUCAUGGGUAGCUCUCGACACUAUUCGCUCAAUACCUUAAGGUUGACAAGUGAUGUUUGCCUUCUUUGCCUGGUGCAGCUUGAAGUGCGAACAAUGCGGCAAGGCGAUCGUCGGUGAAAAGGAGGCUCGCGCACAUGCGAGCGAGACGGGGCAUGUCAAAUUCGGCGAGUAUGACGGUUGA